AUGAGAUAUCAAUGUAUAAAUUUUAAUUCAUUACAUGCAAGACGAUUUAAGAAACGCUUAACAAUAAUAACUGUUGGUACAUUUAUUUUUGUAUACUUUUAUUUAGCUUUUUAUUUACCAUCAACUAAUAAUGAUUUUAUAUUAACCAAAUAUUAUUUUAAACCUCAAGAUGAUGAACAGAUGUUAAAAGUUUAUUCCAAUAUACAUUUUGAAAAAUAUUAUUCAUUAGGAAAAAAAAAUUAUUUUGAUGUAACAUAUGAUACUAAAAAUAAAAAAGAUAUGAGAAAAAUUAAUGUUUUUUUAAUACCACAUACACAUGAUGAUCCUGGAUGGUUAAAAACAUUUGAAGAAUAUUAUAAUGAUGAUGUUUCAAGAAUAUUAUAUGGUAUGUUAAAUUAUUUAUCAAAAAAAAAUAAGAUGAAAUUUGUAUAUGUUGAGAUGUCAUUUUUUGAAUUAUUUUAUUCAACAUUAUCAUUAUUAAAUAGACAAAAAGUUAAAAGAUUAUUAGAUAAUGAAAAAUUAGAAAUUUUAACUGGUGGAUGGGUAAUGACUGAUGAGGCAAAUAGUCAUUUUUUUUCACAAAUAGUUCAAUUAUUUGAAGGACAUGAAUUUCUUAAAAAUAAUUUACAAUAUAUACCAAAAAAUCAUUGGUCUAUAGAUCCAUUUGGUUUAUCACCAACAAUGGCAUAUAUUAUUAAAGAAUCAGGUUUUAAACAUAUGGCAAUACAAAGAGUACAUUAUUUAGUUAAACAUUAUUUUGCUAUAAGAAAAUUAUUUGAAUUUCAAUGGAGACAAUUAUGGAGUGGUGGACAUAUUAAUGAAUCAAAUAAAACUGAUAUAUUUACUCAUAUUUUACCAUAUGGUAGUUAUACAUCUACUGAUACAUGUGGACCUGAUAGAUAUGUUUGUAGUAUGUUUGAUUUUAAUCAAUAUACUAAUGCUUUAUACUAUAAAAAUGGUGGUAAAGAAGUUAUUGAACAAGAUGCUAAAAAUAUUGCAGAUCAAUUUAGAAAAAAAUCAUUAUUAUUUAGAGGUCCUAAUAUUUUUGUACCACUUGGUGCUGAUUUUACAUUUAAAUUACGAGAAGAAUGGGAAAGUGUAUAUGAAAAUUAUAAAAUUAUUAUAGAAAAAAUUAAUAAUUCACCAGAAUUAAAUAUGAAUGUUCAAUUUGGUACAUUAAAUGAUUACUUUAAUGCUAAUGAUAAAAGUAUUAGUAAAGAUAAUAUUCGUAUUCCUAUCAUUACAGGUGAUUUUUUUACAUAUGCUGAUAGAGAUGAAGAUUAUUGGAGUGGAUAUUAUACUUCAAGACCAUUUUAUAAACGUUUCGAUAGAAAUUUAAUAGAUUAUUUAAGAUCUGCAGAAAUUAUUUAUUCAAUUGUAUUAGGAAAAACAAAUUUUUAUGAAAUGAAUCAAUUUUUAAAAUUUGUUGAUUAUAAUAAAUUAGUAUAUGCAAGGAGAGCUUUAUCAUUAUUUCAACAUCAUGAUGGUGUAACUGGAACAGCUAGAGAUCAUGUUGUUCUUGAUUAUGGAAAAAAAUUAUUUAAAGCAAUACAAAAUUGUUAUUCAAUUAUUGAAAAAUGUAUUCAAUAUGAUAUGACAAAACAAAUUUUUAAUAUAUCACAAAUAUCAGUAUUAAAAAAAGUUAAUAAUCCUGUAAAAAUGACAAGAAUACGAAAAUUUAAUAUUAAAAAAAAUAUUCUUGUAUUCAAUCCUCAUACAAGAAAUAUAGAUAAAGAAAUUAUAUGUACAAAAAUAAGUGGUCAAAAAUUAUUUAUUAUUGAAGGAAUAGAUAUUAAAAAUCAAGAAAUUCAUCCAACAAUUAAAAAGAAAAAUGGAAAUUUAAUAAUAACAAAUAAAUCAUAUAAACUUUGUUUUAUUACUUCAUUUAAAGCUUUAGAAGUUAAAAUUUUUAAAUUAACUACACCUGAAAUAGUAGGAAAUAUGCCUAAUAUAGCAAAAAUUUAUACUUCAAAAAAAAAUAUUUUAACAAAUGAUAUAUUUGUUAAUUAUGAAUCAAUAGAUUAUAAGAAAUAUGAUGACAAAUUUAUAGUUAGUGAGAUACAUGGAUUAAAAAUUAAUACAAAAACAGGAUAUAUUAUAUCAAUAAAUAAUUUACCUGUAUCAGUAAAUUAUGAAUAUUAUAAAGAAACUACUGUAUCAACAAAUUCUGGAGCAUAUCUUUUUAGUCCUGAUGGUCCAUCUAUACCAUUAAAUGCUCUUGACAAUUCAUAUAUAAUAUCAAAAGGAAUAUUAUAUCAAAAAGUUGUUAUUAAUGGACCAAAAAAAUAUAAUUUAGUUCAAUCAAUUGAAACAAAAAUAACAUCACCACAUUAUAUAGAUAUAUAUAAUAUAAUUAAUAUUGAUGAUCAAGUAGAAACUGAAAUAGCAAUGAAAAUAAAAACAAAUAAAAUGGGUAAAAAAUUUAUGAUAAAAAAUAAAAAUGUUUUUUAUACUGAUUUAAAUGGAUAUCAAAUAAUUAAAAGAAAAAGAUUAAAUAAAUUACCAAUACAAGGAAAUUUUUAUCCUAUGCCAUCAACAAUUUUUAUUCAAGAUAAUAAAACAAGAUUAACAGUAUUAAGUAAUCAACCAUUAGGUUGUAGUAGUCAAGAAGAAGGUAGUGUAGAAGUUAUUUUAGAUAGAAAACAUUUCUUUGAUGAUUUUAGAGGUCUUGAACAAGGAGUUACAGAUAAUUUAGCAACAAGAAGUAAAUUUAGAAUUUUAGUUGAAGAUGUCAAUAAAUUUAAUCAAUUUGAAAAUGAAAAAUUUGAUAAUUCAUUUGUUACCGGAUAUUUAUCAGCUAAUGCUUUUCUUGCAAAUCAAAUGUUACAAUAUAAUUUAAUUCAAAUGGAAAUCGAUAAAACUAUUACAGAUAUGGAUUAUAAAUUGUCAAUACUUAAAAAUGAAUUACCACAUAAUAUACAUAUAGUAACUUUAAGAACAUUAACAUCUCCAGAAAAUUAUGGUAAAGGUGGUUUACCAGAUAAUGAAUAUGAAAGAGUUAGGAGAAAACCAUUAAAAAGUGCUGCUUUGAUAUUACAAAAUAUUGCUUAUGAUAAUCGUGUAGGUGAUAAUUUAUCAGGCAAAAUAUAUAUUAAAAAUGGUGAAAUUAAUAUGAGUGAAUAUUUUAUUGAUAAAUUUAUUGCAUUAUAUCAAAAGACAUCUUUAACAAUGUUAUAUGAAUCAAAAGAAUAUACUAAAAGUGGAUAUAUUAAUAUUAAACCAAUGGAACUUAAAACAUUAAAAGUUGACUUUUCUUAG